UGUCUUGCUGCUCUCGGAGUCUUUCUGCUGCUCCGAAGUUCUACUGGAAGUUUACCUUUUUCCAGGUUUGCCCGAUGAGCUGAGUUCAUUUUGACCAGUUUGAGAGCGAGAUGAGCGGACAGACGGUCCCCGCGGACUUCUCGGGACACAUGUUGGACCUGGACGAGGACGACGACCUGGAGGUUUUCAGCAAGAACACAUCACUGGCCGAUGGAAGUCCCAUGCCCAACUCUCCCAGCUCCAUGGUCAACCAGUACAGACUGGAGGAGGAGGAGGAUGAAGGGCAGCAGCAGGGUGCCGACGCCGACGACAUCUUCAUCACCGUGGAUAACCCAGAGAGCCACGUCACUGCCAUCGAAACCUUCAUCAUGUACAGGGUCGCUACCAAGACCACACGGGGCGAGUUUGACUCCAGCGAGUACGAGGUUCGCCGGCGCUACCAGGACUUCCUGUGGCUCCGAAGUAAACUGGAAGAAAACCACCCGACACUCAUUGUCCAUCCGCUGCCGGAGAAGUUUGUGAUGAAGGGCAUGGUGGAGCGCUUCAACAACGACUUCAUCGAGACCAGGAGGAAAGCCCUGCACCGCUUCCUCAACAAGAUCUCUGUGCAUCCCAUACUGUCCUACAGCCAGCACUUCAAAGUCUUCCUCACAGCACAGGAGUUGCUGUCUCACAAGAAACAGGGCCCCGGCUUCCUGAGCAGGAUGGGGGAGACGGUGAGGGCCGUGGCCAACUCGGUGCGAGGCCUGAAGAGCCGGCCGGAGGAGUUCACCAUGAUGCAGGAGUAUGUGGAGGACUUCAGUAACAAGAUCUGCUCCGUGGACAAAGUCACCCAGAGGAUCAUCAAGGAAGAGAGAGAGUAUCUGGAGGAGCUGAAGCAGUACAGCCCCACCUACGCCCAGUGGGCGGGGUCAGAGGAGGAGCUGACGGAGCCCCUGAAUGGUGUCGCCGGCUGCGUGGAACGGUGCAGUAAGGAAACGGAGGAGCAGAUCCACCACCUGUCUGAUGUCCUCGUCCCCGCUCUGCACGAGUACGUCCUCUGUGCUGAGACCCUGAAGGCUGUGAUGAGACGGAGAGACAACAUCCAGGCAGAGUUUGAAGCCAAGAACGAGGCCCUGACAUCCAGGAGGGUGGACCAGGAAGCGCUGCAGGAUGAGGUGGAUGGUCUGGCGGACCGUGUGGAGAUGGCCAACAAUGCCUUGAAGGGAGACUGGUCCCGCUGGCAGGACAGCAUGAGAUCUGACCUCAAAUCAGCCUUUCUAUCCACCGCUGAGAAGAACGUGGAGUACUACGAGCAGUGCCUGGCUGUGUGGGAGUCCUUCCUCCUGUCUCAGAGAGUGGAGCCCGGUGAGCAGAGAGACGGGGAAGACGCCUCUUAAAGUGUGGAGAGGAUGGAACCGUCUUAACAACAGACUCUCAGUUGUCUCUCCAACACAUCUAAAUAUAGACUCUGAACCGAUGCCCACUCACUCAGACAUGCACCAUGCACGAAACAAGCGCUCUCUCUUUCUCUCUUUCUCUCUUUCUUACUUUCUUACUUUCUGUCUGGCCAAAGAAGUAAAUCCCAGCCCACCAUUCCAGUGCUGAUUGUGCAUCACUAAAACCAACACUGCCAUCCAAAUAUCCACAUCCUGGUGUUUACAGUCCACCUUGUGCGGUGCCAAAAGCUAGAAGAAGUUUUUUUAAAUUGAAUGCAUUUGAAACCAUAGAUGGAGAAAUCAUACAUAAAAAAUCUGGCCUUUAGCUGCCUUUUAAAAAUGCAUAUUAAACGUACUCAAAAUGUGUUAUAAACUGCUUAUACCACUGUUUGUUUGUUUUUUGCAGGGAUAGUAGUGUAUUAUAUUACCAUGGUUGUUGUAAUUCAUUUUAAUGCAUUUUAAUGCAUAGUGCACUAUUAAUAAUGCAUUAUAAUUUGAUUGUAAGUUACUCUAAGCAACCAAUUUUUUAAAACAUUGAUAUGAUUCUGGAGGCUUUAUGACGAAGAAAAAAAAAACUGCAACCUGCUCAUGUAGGUGCAUACUGCAAGGGACCCUCAGGAAACCGCAAGGUUCAGCCCGAUCAUUGUAAACACUAACUUCCUACCAGUGCAGAUAUGAAUGGAGUAUAGAAUUUCAACAAUUGCAAUAUAUUUUAUGAAAACAACAAACAUUUAGAAAACAGGGAAGCUGUGUCUUAACUUUUGCACUGCUACGGUAAAGGCUGCUUAAAUUUCUGCAGCGGCCUAUCUCCCAUGAACUUACAUUUUUGUUUGAAUUUGUUGUCUUUUCGUGUUUAUUACUGGAGCAGUUAAGGCAAAUGAAAGAGAUAAAAAAUUGAAAACUAAAGCGUGGAGAUUGGAUAAAGUCCAUCGGACCUUGAGAAGAUCACCGUUCACGACAUCUUCCUACCGACCAGCCAGACCUGCAGGACCUAACGUCAGCUAAAGCGGAUUUGACCGCCUCAGGAGGAGAGCGGAGAUGGAGGUUCUGAGCUAUUCCAACAACCUGCCUGCUCCCUGACCUAGCUCCAUCAUGGCAUCCCGGUUCAAGCUGCACUUGCAGGACAAAAGUAGGCAGACCCUGUGUUUACAUCAAUGAUGCUUGGUGCUCAAACAUAGUCAAAGACCAUGGACAUUUCCCAGAUUUGGCUUUUUUAAUAUAAAGAUGUUGGAAUUCUUGAAUAUUCUGUUGCUUUUAUUUAUAUUACUCCUGAUACAAAUGCAAAAAAAUUAGGAGUGCACUUAAAGCUACUAAAGCUACUGUUGUGAUACUAUCUAGUUAGCAACCAAAACAUAACAUGACGUGCCCGCUGCUAGCGAGAUGACCGUCACAACAUGCACUGAAAUCCUGUCAUGGAUGUCUUCAGUUCAUAAAGGCCAACACUUUCAUAAACUCUACUGGCAGAAGGAAGAAGUCAGAGAGGUACGACACAGUUUCCCCGUCUUGUUGUCGAUAUAAAAUAGAUUCAGCAUGUUUAUUUGUAUUGCAAAUGUUGAAAUUCGACUCCAUUCAUAUCUGCACUGGCAGGUAAUUAAAGAAUUCAAGGAUAAUUUAUUGUGAGAUCGAGAUAAUGCUGCCAACUCGUAGUUUUCCGCAGCACCCUCAAAAUAUUGAUAAAAUUUACAUCUCACAAAUGUGCCCCCUAAUAACACUCUUAAGAUUUAAUUGAGGAAUAUACAUAUAUAAAAUACCUAAAACAAUUCCACUUUACGUGUAUAUUCAUACAGUGCAAUAAGCACAUUAUAACACUUAAGUAGCUUUGUAAUGCAUUAUAGACAUGAGCUUACAAAAAAGUGACCCACAAUUAUGAAGUAUUAUGAUACUUCAUCUUAUAAGUCAUAAUUAAUUAAAUGCUUAUAGCUAUAACAAAACAGUGAUAUGAGCAUGUUGUAAUGCUUUGUGAGUCUGCUUAUAACACAUUGUAGAUGGUAUUUAUGGUUUCAAGGUACUUAUCUGUGUAUUGAGUGUGAAAGUACAUUCAACAAUAGUUUGACAAAAAUCUUCCUUCUAGCUCCAUUAACUAGCUUUUUCUCCACUGACAUCUGGCUGUAAUUCUGGAUAAAGCUAUGUUUGAAAAAAAAAAAACCUGUAGGUGACAGGGAUUUUUACUCUAAAGACCAGAAUGCUGUGCGGCUUUAAGACUUGAUCAGCAGUCAAAUAGUCCAAAAAAUUAGUCCUAUUUCUUUUCUGAACAACUUUUCCUUGACCUCCAAUGUUAUUGAUGACCAAAUGGUACAUAGCUUUAAAUGCUGCUGCCUCAAGGUAGUUUGGGACGACAUUAUCUCCUUUCCCUUUGGUGAAGGAUGGCCCAGUGUUCCCUAUGCUAAAGGAGAUAAGGAAGGAGUAAAGCACUUUUCCCUUAGCGUCUAGAGAGUUCUAGCGUCUCUUAUCGCAGCUGCUAUGUAGAUACUUCUGGGUCAUUUCACACAGUUACGAAAACAUCUCGAGCUAAAAAGGAUUCAUAGACCACAGCCUUGGUUUUAACAAGAGGUACAAGAUAUCAGCCAGACAACGGUGUGAUCCAACAGCUCUGGGCUGUUGGGAAUGGAAAAUGAUUUUUGGGGCACAAUGUCAAAACUUCCACGAUGUCUUUCCGUGACUGUGACCAAUAAGAGCGAGGAGCACAUUUACAGAGUGCUCUUGUAAUGAAGUUAUGGAGAAGAGAAAGAGGAACAAGUGAGUUUUCAGUGAACCUGAAACCACUCCUCCAGUCCAUGCCUAUGUGUCCUUGGGCAAGAUGCGUUUACCCAAAUUGCUCCCAUGCACAAUGGAUGAUUCCAGGAUUACUGUUAUUCAUAAAACCUGGUAACAUACAGCAGCAUGGAGGGCUGGCUGUAGUCCAAACACCAACACUGAGAGCACACAUGGUUCUCUUAACACUACUUUGUUUUUACUACAAAAAUGUUCACGUUUCAACCAAGUCACAGCAGAAAUUUUGAUCACCCUUAUCUGAAACCAGAUUACAUCUCAAAUAUUCUGAUUCUGAAGUUAAUGAUCAAACACUCUUAAUAAAAAUAAUAAGAAUGAUUUGCAAAGAGUGAACAAUAUAACAUAAAAUCAUAAAUAGCUGAAGAAAUGCAUUGAAUAUGACACAUAGAUGACAUCUACAUCCACAUAAAGCUAUUUCCAGACUAACGUGAGAUCAGAAUGGUAUAAAUAGCACACAGUACUACUGGUCUCCUGUUAAACUUUGAGCAGAGGAGCCUCAAAAGCUUCAUAAAAUAAUAAUUAAGAAUGUUUGGUUGUUUGUGCCGAUAAGAGAUUUCACGUUUACAUGUCUGUUGAAGACUCACUAUGUCUGCAACGUUUUUGUAACAGAAUGCUUAAAUAAUCUUUUUGUACUGAUAUCUUUUUUUUCUCUUUAUUGCUUUUUUCAUUUUUGAAUAUGUUAAAUUUUAAAAAGUAUGAAUAAAAUGUAUUUUGAGAUGUUGAGAUAAUAAUAAAUACAA